AUUUAUCCGUUCGUCAAUAGGACGUCAUGUGUUGUAGCCCUCUUUGGAAUUUCCCCAGAGAGUUUGGGCAGUGCGAAGUGUACAGUCCGAAUGGAAAAGGACAAUUACCGGUGGUAACAAACAGGAACUGACGGACAGACAGGAUGCCAGAUAGAUACCAGGACAGAAGGCACUGAAAUGACAACCCGCACAGUAGAUUGAUUGUGUGGGAUGCGAGACGGCGGUGCACGGGUGGAAAUGACAAGAUGUAACCAUUGAUAGGAGGAUGACGGGGCAGCCAGCGGAACAAGACAAUCCACCCAUCUCCCUCUCCUCUUCUGGACCCCCAGCUCCCCCCCCUUCCCUAAACGGUAACGAAGGGGAGUCUGAUUUCUGAGUCUUGACACAAAAUCGGUGGUGGAGAUCGAUAGGAAGAGGAGGAGGCAGCCAGGCCUAUUGUACCGUGGGUUUUUUUUUUAAAGACAUUGGACGAGAAGAGAGUAGCUGAGCCAUCUGGGCAUUGAUCUUCUUUUGAAUGCAGAUGAACAGCAAGGGAACAGGAGGACAUUUUUUUUAAAUAGGGAAAAACACUGAAGAGGAAAAAAAGGACAAAGGAUGAGACCCUCAGCUAACCAGUUCUAGAUCACAGCCGCAUGUCUCAGAAAGGGACAAAAAAGGGAGGAGCGCCCUCACCCAGAGCGAGCACGUCAUCAAACACCUCCUCUGGACACGGGACCCCUGGGCGCCCCGCGCUCCGCCAGCCCAAGGCAGGAGAAAAUGGCAACAGCUCCAAGAGCGGCAGGAGCCACAGCCAGGGCUCUGUAGCAGCUGUCUACCUGUCCUACCUCAACACUCUCUUUGGACAGGAUAGGGAGCUGAUGCCUGAGGAGUUGGAUGAGCUGCAGGUGGCCUUUAAGGAGUUUGACUACGAUGGAGACGGCUUCCUGCAUUACAAGGACGUGGCCGACUGUAUGAGGACCAUGGGAUACAUGCCCACUGAGAUGGAGCUCAUUGAGAUUAUACAGCAGAUCAAGAUGAAAUGGGGCGGUCACGUGGACUUUGAUGAUUUCUGUACUGAGCUGAUGGGCCCUAGGAUGCUGGCUGAGACGGCUCACAUGAUGGGGAUGAGGGAGGUACGCAGUGCUUUUAAACAGUUUGACAGCGACGGAGAUGGGCGCAUCACCUUGGAGGAGCUGAAGGACAGCAUGAAGGCCCUGCUGGGUGAGAAGUUGAAGAAGGGUGAGCUGGAGGAGAUCCUCCAGGAUAUCGACCUCAACAAGGACGGCGGAAUAGACUUUGACGAGUUUGUCAUGAUGCUGUCGUCGCGGUAGCCUGCCUCAGCCGUCAGACUAACUAGCAAGACGCCCUGGAUGAGGUCUGGAUCUCCACACAAGUGGCACAGUUCUUGUGUCAAUUUCCUGUAGCAUUGUGCAUAAUGUCUGUAUGAAACGAUUUUGCAUAUUCAGAAGAUUUAGAUCUGAAUGAUUUUCUAGUGGAAAGACUUAGAUUGUAAGAUAACAAUUUAGGUCAAAUUGUUGCCUUUUUAAA